AUGAAGUUCUUCCGCAAGCGAGAAGAUGUCCAAACAUCAACACACAGUCUCCCCUCAUCACGCAACGGCAGCGAAGGCGACAUGGAGAAGAAGGACGGCCCAACCGAGUCGACUACACCCGUUGUAGCAUCCGUCGCCCCUUCGGACCAAGCAAGCGAUCAUGACGGCCUCGAUGCGACCCAACAGCAAGAAGAAGAAAUCGAAUACCCCAAGGCCAUGAAGCUCGCCCUCAUCAUGAUCGCGCUGUGUCUUUCGGUUUUCCUCAUGGCGCUCGACAACACCAUCAUCUCCACCGCCAUCCCCAAAAUCACGGAUCAGUUCCACUCGAUCAACGACGUCGGUUGGUAUGCCAGUUCAUAUUUGUUGACGACUUGCGCGUUCCAGCUCUUCUUCGGCAAGCUGUACACUUUCUACAGCAUCAAGUGGGUGUACUUGACCGCUAUUGGCGUUUUUGAAAUUGGUUCUGCGGUCUGUGGUGCGGCGCCGAACUCGACUGCUUUGAUUAUUGGACGUGCGGUGGCUGGACUUGGCUCUGCUGGUAUUUUCGCCGGAGCUAUACUGAUCCUGUCGACUGUCGCGCCUCUUGAGAAGCGUGCACUCUACAUGGGUGUUGUUGGAGGGAUGUAUGGUAUUGCCUCUGUUGUCGGUCCUUUGAUGGGUGGUGCUUUCACAGACCACCUUUCAUGGAGAUGGUGCUUCUACAUCAACUUGCCUAUCGGCGCUGUGACGGUGCUCUUCAUCAUCAUCUUCUACCACCCUAAAGCCAGCGCCAAGAGCCUCGGAGCCACCUGGAAGGAAAAGUUUGAGCAAUUUGAUGUGUUCGGUACCAUCAUCUUCUUGCCAAUGAUCGUCUGCCUCUUGCUGGCGCUACAAUGGGGAGGAAGCAAGUACGAAUGGAGCAAUGGCCGCAUCAUCGCCCUCUUUGUCGUCUUCGCCGUCCUUCUCGUCGCCUUCAUCGCGAUCCAAUUCUGGAAGAAAGACAACGCCACCGUUCCACCCCGAAUCAUCAAGCAACGCUCCGUCGCUGCAGCCGCAUGGUUCGGAGCAACCCUCGGUGCCGCCUUUUUCACAUUCGUCUACUAUCUGCCCAUCUGGUUCCAGGCCAUCAAAGGCGCAAGCGCUGUCAGGUCUGGAAUCAUGAACAUCCCCUUAAUCCUCGGCCUCGUCAUCGUUUCCAUGAUCGCCGGUGGUGCUGUCACGGCGCUAGGAUACUACACACCAUUCGUCAUUGCCUCCAGCGUCCUACUGUCUAUUGGCGCCGGCCUGCUCACGACGUUCGAACCCACCACCGGAUCCCCCGAAUGGAUUGGCUACCAAGCCCUCUUCGGUAUCGGCGUCGGAUUGGGAAUGCAACAAACCAUCAUCGCCAUCCAGGCCGUCCUUCCUACAGCGGACGUCCCUAUCGGCACAGCCAUUAUCAUGUUCGCCCAAACUCUCGGCGGCGCGCUGUUCGUCUCUGUCGCCCAGAACGUGUUCACGAACAGUCUUCUCAAGAACCUCAAAUCCCUCGUACCCGAUCUCGACCCUGCGAAGGUUCUUGCAGCGGGAGCCACGACACUGCAGCAGGCUAUUCCGCCGCAGUAUCUUACAGGCGUGAGGGAGGCCUACAAUGGGGCAAUCACAGAUACGUUCUAUGUGGGUGUUGCAUUGGGAGCUGCAUCAAUCGUGGGUGCGGUGUGUUUCGAGUGGAAGAGCAUCAAGGGGAAGAAGAUUGAGAUGGUUGCUGCAUAA